CCUCUGAUGAGCCUCAGAACCAGCGAUUGAGGCUCAGCAGAGCAUCACUAUGGAAGAGGAGCAGAAGCAGACUGAAUUCAGGAGGGCAUGGGAUGCCUGCAGAGAAGUUCCAGACAUUCAAGAUGAGUCAAAUCCCAAAAAACGACUGCGGUUCAUGAAAUGGUUCAGCUGUACCAUCGUAGGUGUGCUUGUGUUCGUUCUGGCACUGUUCAGCAAGUCAUCCUUUCUGAUUUUGGUUACACUUGGAAGCAACUCCACUCUGAGCAUCCCGGCAGAACACAAACCGAGCGCUCUGCUGGGUAUCGGCUGUGUGCUGGUUGGACCAAGCGUCCUCCUGCUUCUGAAGAGUGUGUGGAAGUUCAUUUUCAAAAGUGCAGCAAAACCAUCCAAGAAAACCGUUUUGUGGGUGUUAACUGUUGAGUUGGUGGUGGCGUGUGGAGAGGUGCUUCUCACAGUGUUGGCCAUGCCCCAUUUUGACAUUGUCACUAACGUGAUGAUCCUGAACAGCGUGAGCAUCCUGUCUGCGGUGCUACAGGUAGCCGCUGAAUGUUGUGCGAAUGUACAGAAGAGGGACAAAAUGGUACCAUUGAGUUCCAUCAUCUUCAGUCUUCUGGGUUACAUCCUCUUUAUAGUCAGCUACUUGAUAAAUGAAGAUAAACCCUUAAAACUGAUAAAACCUAUCGGCCUGGCCAUUUUUGGAACCAUCUGUGUUUCUCUGAACUGGUGGGAGAAUUACAGCAUCCUCUUCAAAAACCACUUUCUGAAAAAGAUCUCCAAAGACAUAGCCAGAACCCGGAACGUGGCCUGCAUCCUGUCUUCUGUAGUGAAAAUUCUCAUCACCGCACUUGUGGUUGGAGUUAGUGUCCCUCCAGCAGAAUGGUUGUCUCUAAAAUCAAUCCCCACAACUGUGAGCACCACAGUCUUUGGGUUGGUGGCCGUCCAGAUUGCAUCCUCUGCGAUGUGCCGCUGGUUUGUAGUGGUGGCUUGUAAGAUGCACGCCCUGCGCUGCUGUUUUGUUGUGCCCAUGUACAUUGCAUCAGUGGCCGUUCUGAUAGUGUUCCUGAUUCCACUCGUGACCUUCUACGUACAUCCUACUUCUAGCAUUUCUUUCUGUGAGAGCAGGACUGUUCAACCCCUACACUCCAGCCCUCAGUGGCUGAUGUCCUUAUUAACAGAAGUCACAGGCACCCUUUGCACUCGACUUAUCGUGGUAGAAAGAAAUAUUAAAGGACUGGCGAUGCUGGGGUCAUAUGCCCUGUGCUGGUGGUUAGGACUCAUUCUGGGCACAGUGUACAUCUGGUUUCUGAAGAUUCAGCGCAUUGAGAGGACUCAGGAUCUGUUCUCAAAACAGAUGUAUGAGGGAGCGUUUCUGGAACAGUCCAUGUUGCUCAGCACCCGUUUCGAGAUCAAGAAGCAGUACAAGGAGAGCAGAAAUCAUGAGAUUCUCUCUGAAGACCUAAAAGGCCCUGAGGACCCGUCGUCAUUUUUCCUCCACAGAUCAGAUGAACCUGUGACAGUCUACUUGUGUGCAACAAUGUGGCACGAGACAUAUGCUGAAAUGAUGAAAAUAAUCAUUUCAAUGUUCAGGCUUGACAAAUAUCGGCCAAAAAUCAACAAACCAAAAGAUGCCACCUUCGAAUUCCACAUUUACUUUGACGAUGCCUUCAAAGAUGUGAAUAAGGGCAAAGCGCGGCAUGCAAACGAAUACGCUGAGAUCCUGGUGGAAGUUAUCAGAGAAGUGUACACCAUCUUCAGUGAGGAUGAUCCAUGUAUCUUCAAGAAGAAGCCUUGUCUCCCUCAGCAGAAGAUUAUCAGCACGCCAUAUGGGGGCCGUCUGGAGUACACCCUUCCAAAAGGCAACACAAUGAUGGUUCACCUCAAGGACAAACAGCUGAUUCGUCACAAAAAGAGAUGGUCCCAGAUCAUGUACUUGUACUACAUCCUGGGCUGGAAACUCAACAGAAAGUACUUUAAGAAGUUUGAAGAGGGUAGUGAUAAGAAAACACUCAGGGAGGAGCUAAAGAAAGAGAAAGAGAACACGUACAUCCUGGCCCUGGAUGGAGACACAGAUUUCCAGCCCUCUGCUGUGUUGUUACUGAUUGACAGGCUGAAGCUUUACCCAGAGGUCGGCGCUGCUUGUGGCAGGAUUCACCCCACCGGCACAGGACCGAUGGUGUGGUAUCAGAAGUUUGAGUAUGCAGUAGGUCACUGGCUGCAGAAGACUGCAGAACAUGUGUUCGGCUGUGUGCUCUGCAGCCCGGGAUGCUUUAGUCUCUUCAGAGGAGCGGCCCUCAUGGACGACAACGUUAUGAAGAGAUACACCACCAGAGCAACAGAAGCCAGCCAGUACGUCCAGUAUGACCAAGGAGAGGACCGCUGGCUCUGCACUCUCUUACUGCAGCAGGGCUGGAGGGUGGAGUACAACGCAGCCUCAGACGCUUACACCAACGCCCCACAGGACUUCAAAGAAUUCUACAACCAGCGGCGGCGCUGGGGGCCGUCCACCAUGGCCAACACCAUCGAUCUGCUCGGCUCAGGCCGCUUGACCUCUAAAAGGAACAAGUCCAUCUCCAAACCCUACAUUCUGUACCAGGUCAUCAGCAUGGGGGCCUCCAUCUUGGGCCCCGCCACCAUCUGCCUAAUGAUUGCUGGAAGCUUCACAUUUAUUAUGAAUAUGGAUCCGAAUCUGGCUCUUCUUCUAGCCACAGUGCCACCCACAAUCUACCUGAUCCUGUGCUUCAAGCUGAAGUCUGACACACAGAUCCAGAUAGCAGCAGUCAUGAGCAUUCUGUAUGCAUUCCUCAUGACUGGAACUAUUCUCUCCAUUAUUGGUGACAUGGUGAAGCAGCAGACAUUCAUGACCCCUGCUGGCCUGUUCCUCAUUAGCAUGACCCUGAUGUAUCUCAUUACAGCAGCUCUGCAUCCUCAGGAGUUCUCCCUGAUCGUCUAUGGGCUCUUGUAUUUCCUCUGCAUUCCCAGCGGCUACCUCAUGCUAGUGAUUUACUCCAUCGUCAAUAUGAACAAUGUCACAUGGGGGACGAGAGAGACCGGUGGCAAAGCUAAGACUGCAGCAGUGCAUGCCAUCAAGAAGCAGGUCAUGCAGGCUACAUGUUGUAGGUGCCCAUGUGGGAGCAGCACUGAAGAUGGGCCUUCAAAUACGCAUGAACUUUUGGAAUCGAGUGUACCUGAGCAGCAAGAUCUUAAAGUUCCUGCGGAUUCUGAAGAUGCUGGAAGUAGAUCACAUGAAAGCCAAACACAGCAAAGUCCUAAAAGCUGGAUUGAAGAAUUGCAAACAAAAUCGGAUGACUUCUCGUUACACACAGCUGCACUUUCAGAGGUAGGGUGUUUGUUUACAGACUUGAUGGUGUUUAAAACAUGUGGAGCUCUUCUAUUGACAUUUUUAACUUGUGAACAAAUUUUCCAGGAUGAAGUUGAGUUUUGGAAAGAGCUUCAGAAACAGUAUUUAGAGCCUCUUAAUGAGAAUCCAGAACAGCAGGAAACAAUUGCCAAGGACCUCAAAGACCUCAGAAACAAAGUUACAUUUGGCUUCUUUAUCUGCAAUGCUAUCUGGCUAGUGGCCACCAUGUUUCUCCAAGCCAUUGGCAACUCAAUCUCGCUGUCCAUUCCAAAAAUCUAUCCGAAUGGGACGCUUGCAGAGGGCGAAUCAUUUUCGGUCGAUCCAAUAUCACUGAUGUUUCUUCUAAGCUUUGCAUUACUGCUGUUCAUGCAGUUUUUUGCAAUGCUUUACCACAGAAUCUACACGCUAAUCCAUUUUGUGGCUUAUGUUGGCACGGAGAGCAAAGCUAUCCAAAAACAGUCAAACCAAAAGGCUCCUAAAGCUUUGGAAACAAGCUCCCACAACAAGAACAAGCCUGACACAUCAAUAUGCAUACAAAAUCCAGCUGCGGAAGAGACUGGAGCUUGGGUAUGAGGCCAAAACUGUGUUUACCUCAAUGCUGGAGUUGGCCUGGGUGAUAAGACACUGCAAUGCACUUUUUUAUAUCAAAUGUUUAUUUAUUUAAUCAGUGAAAUGAAACAUACUUCAAAGUGUACAGCCUUUAUUUGAAUAGGUUCCAUACUGCUGUACUGAUCCUCGGUACUGUACUUUCUUUCUAUUGUACAUUGAAACUAAUGAAAGAGACAUUUUUAUUUUAAAAUAAAAAGCAAGAAUACAAAAACUGACUGAAAAACUCAAUGACAUUUGACCUUAAACCCAAGAUACCUACAGAAAAUUAUAUAAUACAUUUUACAAUAUUUACAUGUUUUAAAUGAAGUGGUGUUGAAUAUACUGUAUAGGAGAAGAAGUAAAAAAAAAUAACAUGCAUUUACAAUAGAGGCUAAUGUAAAAAGACUUAAUUCCUAGACAUUUUGAAACAAAACAGUGU